AUGCCAGCCGCGGCUGAGCGCGACCAAAGUGGUGCUUCGGGGCUUGAACAAGGAGUAGCUGCAGUUGCCGGCUUAGCAUUGGGAGGGAAAGUCUUACACCAGCUGUCUCGAAGCCGGUCUACUUCCGCCCCUGGUGCGGAACGAACCCUAGAUCUAGCCCCGAGGUCACUCAGCAGACCAUCGUCGCCUCAGAUGGUCCGUGAACGAGACGAAUCACCUAGGGGACGUCGUCCGUCUGUGGCUCGAUCCGUCACCGAGUCUCCCACAGCUGUACCUCUACACUUCCGUCGCCCUCCAACAUCCCCAGGUCUUUCGCGGGCAGUCCCUGUCACUGAGUCUCCCACUGCAGCCACUGUCUCCCCAGGCUCACCCACCCAGCCUCGUCAUCGCCGUCUGAACUCUGUCGAAUUUAGAAACUCUCGUGAGAUCCGUCCUCUGUGGCUUGUCGAGCGUCAUGGCGCAACAAAGGGCGAGACUGCGGAACCUGGCGAACCAUUACCAUCCCUCCCAUCCAGCAAAACGUCCUCCCGAGCGCCGUCAAUGGAGGAUCUUCGUGCACUUAACGACGAAGAUGCCAUCCAAAGCUGGGAUGCAGUUCACUUCAGCCAUUCCAUGUCUGACCGGCGCCGACCAACCGGUCUAACGAUCUCAACUGACCGAGCCAACGACGAGGGUGAAGGUGACCUACUUGACUCGCAGCAAGCUACUCCCACAGCAGACGGCUACGGAGUGAAGAAGGAAAAGCACUAUGAAUUCCAUUCUCCUUCAGAACUCCUUCGGGAUCCUAGCUCGCUGCCAGAUGUGCCUCCCUCACCUACGAUGGAGGCUCUACCUUCCGCCGAGGGAUCUGUGGUUGGAGCCAAGGACCUCAACGAGGGCGAAGGCCCCGAACGGACAAGAGACUUUGACUUGCAACAGGCCGACUCUCAGCAUACGGCUGGUACUCCCACUCAAGAAACAUCACCAUUCGACGUCGGACCCGGCUUCGCAGGUGUUGUCGAUGCCGCUGUCGCUGCUGCUGUCACGGAAGACGAGAAGCCUGCUCCAGGUGAAAAGGAAAGAACAGAGACUACCGAACAAACCAUUUCUACCUCCAGUGGUCCAUUCGGAGGAUUCGCCGACAUUGUCAAUGCGGCCGUUUCCAAGGAGGUUACUCCCGUGACAGCAUCUGGAGAAGAAGUAGACAAGCCUGGCACUGCCGUUGAAGAGAAUGUCCCCCAUCUUGAGAUGAGUAAGGAAGUUGUUCCAGAGAAUACGGAAGCUGUUGAGCCUCAGGCACAGCACGAGGAGCCGGUCGAAGAGGUUGCAACUACGUCGGCCUCCAAGAAGAAAAAGAAGAAGAAGGCGAAAAAGGGUCAGUCUCAGAGUGUUGAUGAAACGACUCCUGGACCACUGGCUUCCGAGCAACAGGCUGUCGAGGGCGAAAUACCUUCUAUUGAGACCGAGGCUGCUUCUUCUGCUGUAGAGGAAGAAGCCGCUGUUCAACCGGAGACUGGAGUUGAGACUCAGGUUUCUAAAAAUGUUGAAGCAGAGUCUUUGCCUUCUGAAGUUACCGAAGCUGCUGAGUCCAUUGGAGUCAUUGGAACCGCUGAAGCUGUGGCAGUUUCUGAACCCGAAGUCCCCGCUGCCCCUGCUGAGCCCGUGUCUGUGGAGCCUGUUACCGCCAAGCCCCAACCCGAGUCUACGGUUACCGAGGAUGCCUCCGCUGAGCUUGAGGUCCCCAUGACCGCCGCUGAAAAGAAGAAGGCUAAGAAGGCGGCAAAGAAGAAGGCUAAGAGCAUCUCUUCCAUCGAGGAGGUUGGUGACGUGACUCAGCCAUCUGAUUCUGCAGUUGUCGAAGAUGUCCCGGUUCAGGAAGAGAGGGAGGCUCCACAGGAUAUCAGUGUCCCGGAGAUUCCCCCGACUGAACAAGAUGACCCAGAGUUCCACGACUCCCGCGAACUUGUGGAGACAACCGAGCCAACUUCUACUGAAGAGCCUCAAUCUGGUGAUCUGAGCAAGGAUCUUCAAGACCCUGUUUCUGAAGUACAAGAGCUCGAACUAUCUCAGCCCUCUCCCGCUGAAGCCGGCGAAGAACCUCAGACUAUGGAAGCGGUCGCGAAGUCAUCAGAGGACGCCACUCCUACUCCUGCAGUCGAUGAGACCCCCGCAGAAGAAGAUAACUUCCAAGAAGCCGUCGAGGAGCAGGCCGAGCAGCCAAAGGACGUUCCAGCUGAUACACUUCUCGAAAUUACUGAAACCCACCCAGCCGAGCCUGAAAUUCCUCUUACCGCGGCGCAAAGGAAGAAGGCCAAGAAGGACAAGAAGAAGCGCCAGUCUCUUGCUUUUGAGGAGGAAAUUGCGACUGACCCAAAGGCCGCCGAUCCCGAGCCAGAACAAGACUCCAAGGAUCCCGAACCUGAGGAAACAGCUUCUAGCGAGCCUAUUGAUACCCGAGCUUCUCUGGCUGGUGGUGAGAUACUGUCUUCUGAACCUGAACAGAUGGCCAAGGAUGUCUCUUAUCUGCCUGCUGAAGAACCUGUUGCUCCUCAAGAGCCAGAGUCUGUUCCUUCUGGUGAUACUGAGCCGUUGGCCCCUACGGAGCCGGUCGAGCCGGUCGAGCAUACUGAUCUAGCUCAAGAAAUACCAGAGACUCCGACCGUCGAGCCUACCGUGGAGCCUGAAGCCGAGUCCGAGGUCCCUAUGACUGCAGCUCAGAAGAAGAAGGCUAAGAAAGACAAGAAGAAGUCCAAACAGAGCGUUUCUUUCACUUCUGACGACGAAAAGCCCACCGAGCCCGAGUCUGCCGAACCCCAACCCGAGAUCGAGUCAGUUGGGAUUACUGAGCCAUCCGUUGAGGCCGAGGUUGCUCCUGCCGAUGUCACCACAGAAACCCUUGCAGCUACUGCAGAGACGUCUACGGAUACGGUUCCUCUGGAAGAGACCAAGGAGGUUUCAAUCCAGCCCGAGCAGCCUCAGGAAGAGCCCGCCCUUAUUUCUGUCGCAGAUGUCAACCAAGAAGCUCCCGCUAGGGACUUUGUCGGCGAGCUCGCACAAGAAGAGCCCGAAGCCUCGCGAGAGGUUCCUGUUGAUGAUACCCCCGUUGAUCCUGAGGUCCCCAUGACAGCGGCCGAAAAACGGAAAGCCAAGAAGGCAGCUAAGAAGAAGCAACAAAGCAUGAGCUCUAUCGCUGACGACCCCCCUGUCGCUGAGGCUGAACUUGUUGAGACUCCGAAGGAUAUUGAAGCCCUUCCCGAGGCCGAGACUCCGGCUGUUGAGGAGCCUAAGGAUGACCUGACCCCGGCUACCGCCGUCGAGACAGUUCCUGAAGCGGUCGACCCUGAAGUCUCGAUGGAACCCGAACCUGAUUCUGCCGUGCCAGAGGUUCCUAUGACUGCCGCGGAGAGGAAGAAGGCCAAGAAGGCGGCUAAGAAAAAGCAACAGAGCGUUAGCUCUUUCGCUGAUGAGACGCCUGCCACUGAGACUACUGCCAUCUCUGAAUCCGAGAUUGUUCAGACUCCUAACGACAUUGAGACUGUCCCCGAGGCCGAAACAUCGGCUGUCAAGGAGGUUCCAUCUCCUACUCCUGGGAAUGAAGCUGUUGAGCCCGUCAAUGACGUGUUGGCUCCAGUUGAUAUUCCGGUUGAAGAAGGAAUGUUUGAGCCCCUUGGCGCCGACCAGCCUAAGGAAGAGGACUUGACUCCGGCUACCGCCGUCGAGACAGUCCCUGAGACUAUUGAACCUGAAGUCUCUACAGAGGAGCCUGAAGCUAUCGAGGCCAAGCCAGUGGUGCCUAUGACUGCAGCGGGAAAGAAGAAAGCCAAGAAGGCUAAGAAGCAGCAGCAAAAGCAAUCCGUGGAUCUCGUCGACCCUAUUCCUACCGAAGAGGGGGAGACCGAGGAGACCGUUGAAGUUCCGCAGGCCGAGAUCGCAGCUCCCGAACCUACAGAAUCUAAGGCUGAGACCACUGCCGAUGUUGAGAGGGAUGCUGCCCCGGAACUGCUUAUCGAAGAUGCACCUGCUAUUUCUGAGCCCUCACUUGAGAUCUCUAGCGAUGUCCAGCCCGUCUCCGAAGAAGCCGUGCCUGAGCCCGCACCAUUCGACACUCCUGCCGCCGAGACUGUCCAGGAAGAGAACAUGGAAAUCUCAACAGAAGCCGCACCCACCUCAGAUAAGUAUCCUGAGGUUGCUCCCGAACAGCCUGUCGAUGAAUUGGCUGUUCCUGAAGCUGCUCUCCCGGAUGAUGCACCUGCAGAGGAGGCUGAGGUUCCCAUGACCGCCGGUCAGAAGAAGAAGGCUAAAAAGGACAAGAAGAAGCGUCAAUCUCUUGCUUUUGUUGAGGAGCCUCAAUCUGACCGCCAGCCGGAGCCGGUUACGGAAGAGCCUGUUGAUUCUCUCGCUAACGAAGGAGCCUCUGUUGAGCCUGUGUCCUCGAAUUCUACUUCUGUCGAGCCUAUCAAGACACCUGCUCCCACGGAGAAUGCCGAGGCUUCCAUUUCCGUCGAAGAGCCUGUAGUUGAAGAGCCUACAGUUGAAGAGCCUACAGUUGAAGAGCCUACAGUUGAAGAGCCUACAGUUGAAGAGCCUACAGUUGAAGAGCCUACAGUUGAAGAGCCUACAGUUGAAGAGCCUACAGUUGAAGAGCCUGCAGUUGAAGAGCCUGCAGUUGAAGAGCCUGCAGUUGAAGAGCCUGCAGUUGAAGAGCCUGCAGUUGAAGAGCCUGCAGUUGAAGAGCCUGCAGUUGAAGAGCCUGCAGUUGAAGAGCCUGCAGUUGAAGAGCCUGCAGUUGAAGAGCCUGCAGUUGAAGAGCCUGCAGUUGAAGAGCCUGCAGUUGAAGAGCCUGCAGUUCAAGAGCCUGUGGUUGAAGAACCUGCCGCCGAGCCCGAGGCACUGGCUGACCCCGAACCCGAGGUUCCAAUGACUGCUGCUCAGAAAAAGAAGGCCAAGAAGGAGAAGAAGAAGCGUCAGUCUAUGGGCCUUGAGAACCCUGAGUCUGAGCGGAAGCCCGAGCCAACAGAGGACGAGCCUGCUCCCACCGAGCCUGCUUCCACUGAAGUCACUGAACCGCCCAUCUCAAACGAAAACAUCGAAGCCCUUUCCGUCGGAGAACGAGCUCUGGAAGAGGCCGCGAAAGAUGAGCCUGUCACGGAAACGCCCAUCACCGAGGAGCUCAUUGCGGAGCCAGAAACCCCAACUGAGACCCAACCUGAGCUUGAAGUUCCCAUGACUGCAGCUCAGAAGAAGAAGGCUAAGAAGGACAAGAAGAAGCGCCAGUCUAUGGGUCUUGAGGAGCCGCAGCCCGAACCAGUCAAGGAAGAGACCGUCACAGAAGAACCCACCGAGGCUGCCCCGACUCAACCUGUGGAAACGCUCGAAAUGACCGAGAAUGUCGAGACUCCUGUUUCUAUCGAAGAACCAGCUCCUGAAGAGGCUUCCGAGGAUUUUCCGGCCGUUGAUGAGCAGGCUGCUGAGUCCGAGACCCCAGCUGAGCCUGGAUCUCCAGCUGAAGCAGAGACCCCGGUCGAGGCCGAGCCUGGAGUUCCUAUGACUGCUGCGCAAAAGAAGAAGGCUAAGAAAGACAAGAAGAAGAAUCGCAAGUCCGUUGCCUUUGAGGAUGAAGCUCAGCCUGAACAAGAAUUUUCUGCUCCUGCCAAGACAGAGGAAUCUCAGGAUCAACCAACCCCCAAUGCCACCCCUAGCCAAGAGCUGGUUGAGGUACCUGUUGAUGCUGAUCGGGUUCUUGAGGUGCCUGCAGACGAGGAAGUCACUGAGCCCGAGACCCCAACUGUGGACGCGGCUGAAGUUGCGACAAUUACCGAGGAGCCUGUUGCUGCAGACGUCCUAGUGGAGGAAGCUGUGAACCAGCCAAGUUCCGAUUCACCAGUUCAACCCGAAGAGCUAGCUGGGUCUCUGGAAGAGCCUUCUGAGAGUGCUGAAGCCAACGAAUCCUUGGCCGAUGCCUCUUUGUCCGCGAAGGAGCGUCGCAAACUCAAGAAAAAGGACAAGAAGAAGGGCAAGUCCGUGGAUCUGACUGAAGAAGCCUCUUCUCCUUCUACUGAGGCGCCCCAGGAGACACUGCUGCCUGACACCGAAGCUUCCAAGCCCAAGGAUAUCGAGGUCUCUUCGCCAGCCGACAAGAAUGUGGCAGUUAUUGAAGAGGCUUCGUUGCCGAAACCUGUUCAGAUUGAGCUUCUCGAAGACAUGACUGUUGCAGUGGAAAGCGGCCCCACUGAGACAGCCAAGUCUGCCGAACUUGAGACGACUGCAGAGCCUACGGAUGAAACGCCCACUACUGAGACUGAAGUUGAGCUCGGACCUACGCCAUCAAAGGAGGAGGAACCUGAAGCUGAUGAUGGCCUAUCAGCUAAAGAGCGCCGCAAGCUGAAGAAAAAGCAGAAACGCCAAUCCAAGAACAUCGACGCGGACGACAAAGCCGCCGAAGCCCAACCGGCACAAGACUCGCCUGUUCCCGAGACUUCCCCCGUCGAAUCUUCGCCCGCCGCCGAUGAAGCCGAAAGAUCACCCCCAGAAUCGGAGAAACGGGAAAUCACUGAACCCGUAACGGCACCCUCGCCUGCGGAGAAUGACGGUAAAGAACUUCAGUCCCACGACACAAAAACGCCCGACACACCGGCCCAAAAAUUAGCUUCGACUGAUGAGUUCUUGUCUUCGCAGGUAGAGCAGCCGCAGAUAGAGAGUCGUUCUUCAGAUUAUCCUCCCCAAUCCGUGCUUGAGCGUUCAAUUGAUUUUGGCGAUGCGACGACGAGUGACGAUGCGCGAAAAGAGGAGGAUGCGGUUCCACUUAUUCCGGACGAGGAGCGUUUGAUCGUGAAGGAGACCCAAGUUGGUCAUGUUGAAGGUGAUGUUGUGACGUCGGAGGAAGAUGUCUCGAGGGAAGCGACUAUGGAGGAAGCAAAAAUGGAAGGAACUGGUUUAUUGAAUACAGACGAGUCAGUGUCCAAAGAAGAGGAAGUUAUCCAGAAGGAGCCAGAGGGAGAGCCUCCCACUGGGACAGCAGUAGAUGCUCCUGCAUCUACUGACCCAGAGACGGCCGCGGAAGAAGUUUUCGAGUCAGCCGUGUCCAAGAAGCAGAAGAAAAAGGACAAAAUGAAGAAGCAGAAGCAACAGCAAAGGGAGGAAAGUAAGAUCGAGGAAGAAUCACCAGCCCCUGAGGAAGUGUCAGCAGGGACGGAGACAGAGGAGCCAGAAUCCGACCGUGUCAUGCACGAGGAGACCGAAAUCACGCAAGUCCCCGAAACUCCAGUUGAGCCAAUUCAGGAGCCUGAGACCACCCCAGCUUCUCCAAAAGCUUCCGCAGAGCAAGCCAAAGAUGCCACUCUUUCUGCACUCCAGCCUUCUGAGGAGGUCGAAGAGGUCGAAUUCUCCAAGGAAAUGAAGCACAUCGAGGAUGAGCCCGCUGCCGACGCCGAGCGAUUCGAGGCGCCCCUUUCAAGAAAGCUGAGCAAGAAGGAGAGGAAGAAGCAAGAGCGCGAAGCCCUUCUUGCUCAACAAGUCGCCGAGGAAUUGCCCGCGACCCAGCCUGCUCCUGAGCCUAUAGAGACUUCUGACUCCGUUCCCAAAGUGGCAGGAGAGGUGAUGGCGUCAGCAGAGGAGACGCCCCUUGGUGUCUUCGAUGAGGCAGCAGUCCUGACUGCAGAUUUCGUUGACAAUGCGCCGAAUGACAUUUCAACUGUGGUUGAGGAAGAGCAGCCAGCGGCUACCCAAAAGGCUGAGCAGGCGGAUCUUGCAGUUGAUUCUACGGCUAGAGAGAUGAAAGAAGCCCCGGAUUCUAUCAAAAACCCCUCUGCUGAAGCUCCUGCUGAGCCUUCUGUGGAGUUUCCCAGCGUCUCUAGGAAGAUGAGCAAGAAAGAAAAGAAGACGGCUGCCGCUGCUGCCGCCGCUACGAUUGAAGAAGAGAAGCCUAUCGAGUCGGAGCCCAAGCUCGAUGAGCCAUCAAUCAACGAGCCAGUUCUCGAGUCUCCAAAGGAAGAGGUCGUCGCCGAUACUUCCCAGAAAGCUGGCCCAGACUUCAGCGACCUCGCCAUCGAGCAGCCGGCUGCCGAAGAAAUGGAACAAGCCCCGGUAUUUGCUGAAGGGACCCUCGCCGAGUCCGCACCUGAGCCUCAGGAGGAGUGGCCAACCGUCUCCAGAAAGAUGAACAAGAAAGAAAAGAAGAAGGCCACUGCUGCUGCUGCUGCUGCUGCUGCUGCUGCUGCUGCCGCUGCCGCCGCCACCGCUACCGAAGCUGCAACGGAGGAAGAGGAGCUUGCAGGGUCCGAGCAGACAGACGCUGCUGCUCCCAUCGAGUGGGCUGGCACAGAAGAGCGAAAAGAACUUGUGCCAAAGCCUGAGUCCGUCCCGCAGGAUGAACCGGUGGAAGCUUCCCGUGAAGUUGAGCCAGAGACUCUUGACGCACCAUUUGCUCCCGAGCCUGAACAAUUUCCCCAGGAAGUAGAGAUACCUCAGCUAGAAGCAGCCAAGGAUGAGGCUACAGUCUCCCUGGAACCAUUCGAUAUACUAUCGCCCACCGAGCAGCCAAAGCGAAACCCCUACGACUUGUCUGGAGAAAAGCAACAAGAACAAAAUGAGGAGAUUGAAGCCAAGCUGCGAAGCCAGGCACUCGAAAAGGAAGCAGACCUCGAGGUUGCUGGUGAUUUGUUUGAAGACCGACCUCGAGAGCCGGAGGUGACUGCGCCUGUUCUCAAGAAAUUAUCGAAGAAGGAAAAGCGCAAGGAGAGAAAACAGGGUAUCGAAACCCCCUUGGAGCAAGAAGAGUGGCCAGCUCAGGAGCCCAUAUCCGACAACCUCAGGGAAGUGGAAACACCGACACCAGCUCCGGAGCCUGAGCUCAAGACAGUCGCAGAGCCAGAGGCCCCUGUGGGGGCACAGCCCGAGCAUGAGAUCGAAAGCUCCAAGGAUAUUGACCUUGCAUCGAUUGAACCACAACCUGCCGGUGAGCAGUCUACUGAAGUAGAACUCAUUGCGCCUGAAGCAGCUGCCAAGGAGCCAGAGAUAUCCCUUUCUCGCAAGGCUUCGAAGAAGAAGGCCAAGAAGGCCAAGAAGGCUGAUCUUGUGUUGGACGAGGAACCAGCACCCGGCAAUGCUCCCGUCGAGCAUGAAUCGAUUGCUCCCUUUGAACCGGAACAAUAUGCUGAAAUACUAGACGCUGAUAUUCGUGAAUCAAUAACGCCCGAGCUCAAGCAAGAUGAGGAGGAGUUCCCUACGAUUGAAUGGGAGCACAGCAAAUCGGACAAAGCAGAGCCUGUUCAUGAGCAAUUCCCUGAGCCCAAGCCUAUUGUUUCUGUGCCUGAUACAGAUGUCAUUGGGCAAUUUGAGGAGUCUGCCAUUUCGGAGGCUUUACAAGAAGCUAAGAAGGAAGCAGAGGAGCCUGUUGAAGAUUCUUGGUCUUUGCCACUGAGCAAGAAAGACAAGAAGAAGGCCAAGAAAAACAAGAGAAAGUCAGAGCAAGCCACUCUGGUCGAGGAGUCUUCCGAGGAGCCUCCCCACAAGAUGGUCGAGCUAGCAUCCGAUACCAAGCCAGAGCUCAUGGAUGAGUCAACUUCCAAGGAGAUCGAGACCGAGCCACCGGUCAGAACUACCACUCCCGGAGGCUCCAAGAUCGCGAACUUAUUCCCUGGCUUGGAAAGGGCAGGUUUCCGGCGUUCAGCCAUGAAAAAAGACGCCCCGUCGGUAAAAGAUAGUGCUGAGGAAGAGACCGCAGCGGACCUGGAAGCGAAUCGCGACAUCGCGAUCCCCGUCUUGGAAGCACUACCCCUAGCGACCACUGAAACCAGAGACAUCCCCGAGACCAGCUUUGAGCUACCUACGGCGAAGAAGAAUGUGUCUACAACUACAGAGAAAGAAACACCGAUGGAAGAUGUCACUCCCAAGGAACACUAUACGGAGCCAGAGCUCCCGGUGCACGACAAGCGCUCUAUUGCAGACGAGUUCCCAUCGCCUGAGCACCCUGCUUCGAAUGAGCGUUCAUCUAUGCUCUUCGGGUCGUCCCCGUCUACUCGCACCGAAGAACACGCAUCUUUGCCCCGGCACCUCCUGCCCUCUCAGAUGGAGGCUGCCUCUGCUACUCCCAGUGAACUACGUCGAUCGCCAUCCGUGAUUCACGGGAAACACCAACAUACCCCCCGCACCUGGAAUUUGGAAGAUCAACCCGUGCAAGCCGUGAGCAACUCUUCUCCGCCGCGAUCGCUCUUCGGGCCAUUUGAGCACGAUCGGCCCCGGACUCCACUCGACACCAUUGCGGAGCAUCAACCAGGGGCCGGCCCCAAGGCGACCACGGCGCGAUCCGGCAUGCCCCGCCUGGAGAUCAAACCGGAGCACGUCUUGCCUCGACCUGUGACUCCGGUGCGCAAAUUCACCGAUAAUGCCCUGGAGCGCAAGGCGUGGCCUACCCCAGAGAAUGAGAGUGGCAGUGCUACCACCAGCCACGAUAAUCUGUCGAAAAUAUCAAAAUCUCCGCUGCAAACCCCCGAGCUGGGGGCGCCAGUGCUAAGACCCAGCGACAGCAAGGGAAAGCUGCGUCGCACGAAUCGCAGCACUAGCAGCGAUCUGCGGGCGGCCAGUCGCGCACUAGACUCUCCCCAGCCUCCUUCCGAUCUCGAUCAGCUUCCCUCUUCUUCCUCUUACGAUCCCGUCACCGACAAGGGCAAACGUCCUUUGCGAAAUAUGUCGGACGUCUAUGAGGGUUGGGGGGAAACACCCAACUCCCCGCGGUCGCCCAGCCGACCGCCUAGUGUCCGUCGCCGCCGCAGCAUGCAACACUUGCAGGAUCUCGAAGGUCGACUCGAUCAACUCAUCUCGGAAAAUCGUUUACUCAUCGCCGCUCGCGAUGAAGCCGAAGAUCGAUUGCGCAAUGCCAGCGUCGGUCGCCGAAAGAGCGAUCGAGCUUUGCAAAGCAGUGGCGCCGAUCUGCGCGACAGAGAAGCCGAGGUGGAACAGCUCAAGAGCUCUGUGGAAUGGUUCCAGAUGGAAAUGAGCCGUCUGACUCAGGAGAAUGAGGGUUUAACGGCGUCCAAUGCUGCCCUCGCUGCCGCCCACGCCGCCGAAGUCACCCAGGUCCGCGAGACCUCCACGCGCGAACUCGACACCUUACGGUCGCAACAUAACGACUUGUCAUCAGGCAUUGAUGCUCGGGUCCGACAAGAGAUUCAGGCAGCUUUGGCGCAAAAAGAUACUGAAUUGCGCCGUCUUCGCCAAGAGCUCGAGGAGGCUCGCGACAAGGUGAAGGAGCUACAACAACAGAUCGCCGCGUCAGUCACCGACAAUGCCCUUGUCUUCCGCGAUGAGGAUUACUUCGUUGCCGCGUGUCAGAAGCUCUGUGGUCACAUUCAACAAUGGGUGUUGCGCUUCUCCAAACACUCCGAUCACCGUCGCUGCCGCUCUCUAAGUGAGCUGAAGGACGAGAAGAUUGCCGAUCGCUUCGACAAUGCCCUCCUUGAUGGCUCCGAUGCCGAUACUUAUCUCGCUGACCGUGUUCACCGACGUGACGUUUUCAUGUCGGUUGUCAUGACCAUGGUCUGGGAGUAUAUUUUCACUCGGUACCUAUUCGGCAUGGAUCGGGAACAGCGCCAGAAACUUAAGUCGCUUGAGAAGCAAUUGGGAGAGGUUGGUCCUAGUCGCGCAGUCCACCGCUGGCGCGCCACCACCCUGACCCUGCUGUCCAACCGACCGGCUUUUGCCUCCCAACGCGACAGCGACACCGAAGCGGUCGCUCUGGAGAUCUUUGGCACCUUAUCGCUCGUCCUUCCUCCUCCUUCCCAUGUUGAGCCACAGCUACUCGACUCCUUGCGCAAGGUCCUUCGUGUCGCUGUCAAGCUAUCCUUGGAGAUGCGCACUCAACUGGCGGAGUUUAUCAUGCUCCCUCCUCUCCAGCCAGAAUACGACACCAAUGGCGACCUGGCCCGCCAGGUUUACUUCAACGCCUCUCUAAUGAACGAACGCAGCGGCGAGACCAGCUCCAACGACGAGCUGGAAUCUCAACAAGCCGUUGUGCGUAUCGUCCUCUUCCCCCUCGUUGUCAAGAAGGGCAACGAUUUCGGCGAGGGUGACGACGAAAUUGUCGUCUGCCCUGCGCAGGUACUCAUCGCCCGCCCCGGCAAAGACAAGCGACUAUCGCGGAUGACCAGCGGUGACCGCAUGUCUAUUGACGGCGCCCGCUCCGUCCACAGCGUGGCACCUUCUAUCGCCCCGUCUACGAUGGACAUGGGCAAUGCGAUUUGA